AUGCCAUUAAUGAUUCAACAAAAUGAAAUAUCAAAACUCUUAAAAACCACGCUAACAAAUCCAAAAUCAAAUACAAAUAAUCAAUUAAAUAAAUUUAAAGGAAUAUCAAUAUCACUACUUUCAAAAACAGGUAAUCAAUUAAUUACAAUAAGUACUACACCAAACACAGAAGAGGACCUAGAUAUAUCAAUAGAUCAAUUAAAAAUAUAUUCAUUAAUUUCUUAUAAUUCUAUAAUUUCUUCAAAUUUAAGCUGGAAUAUUAUAAAAUUUAAUAAAUUAAAAUGUAUAAUUCAAAAAAUUCAAUUACUGGAUCAUAAAGAUCAAGAUCAAGAUAAGGACGAAGAAGAUGAUCUAAUAUAUUAUGUUACUUUAUUCUAUAUUGAUUCUAAUGAUAUUGAUAGUGAUAGUAUAGCGAAGUUAAAAAUUGAUUCAUUAAAUAAUGUAUUAAUUGAUGGGUUUAAAGGGUAUAGAUAG